AGACUUUUGACAUUACAAUUGUCAUUUUUUUUCAUAUAUUGUGUUUUGUGUUUUUUUAUCAACUUUAUAAGUAAAAUUACGUAAAGUUCAGGCACCAGAAUGAAUUCACAAUAUUAUGAUAAGCCUGAGGGCCAAGAUAUGUCCGGUAAAUUAAUUGCAGCAAAUAGAUUUGCUGGUGCAGCUGGUGUAGCUUGGGCAACAGUUGAUGUUCUUAUGGUUUCGAAACCUAAAGGAUACCUUCCAACCAUUGUACGUUUUGGGAUUGUUACAGCUCCAUUUUUGGCAGUAGCUUCUUCAUUUGUAGUUGGAACAUAUGCUGCUACAAACUUAAGAGGCAAAGAUGAUAAAAUAAAUUAUGCUCUUGGUGGUUUUACUGCUGGUGCUGCAUUGGGUGCAGUUAAGAAAUCAGUUGUUACUGGAAUGACAAUGGGAUUAAUUUUUGCAAUUGCUGCUUCCGUGAAAAAAUUGUCUAGACAAGAAGGAUGGGAAUUCUUUCCACCAAUCAAACAGGGCUCUUAUGGUUUACAUACACAUGAUUUUACAUUAAUGGCAGAAAGACCACGUAAUUGGACAGAUGGAAAAUCAUAAAUUGAUAUUAGAUUACGAAAAUUAAAUUAAAUAUGAAAAUUAAUAAAUCAAUUAAAACAUGUAGGAAAAUUUUAUUUUAAUUGAAAAAUUAUUAAAUAUUAAUUAACCUCAUGGAUGGCUGAUACUAAUCUAUCAUUCAUUGAUUUUCGUUAGGGAAAAGUAAUUUGUAUUAAUCAUACCUCAUAAGAUAUUAAAAAUCUAUUAAGUUAAGAUAAUAGAAUCAAUUAUGAAUUUUUAUUUGUUAUUAAAUCGAAAUAUUUAAUUUUAAAUAAUUUUACUUUUUAAAAUAA